GCUGAGCCACAAGUGCUGCUUGGAAAGGGCUUAGGUUGUUUCCAGGGGGAGAGCUCUGCAGAGGAGAGGCAAAGUUCAACAGGACAACAAAGCAGCAGCAGAAACAGCCAGGAAAACGAACAGCCCCCAGGUUUUGACACAGAACCCUCCAUCAGAGUUCUCAAAUCCCCAAAUACUCUGCAAAGUGCUACUUGACGGGAACUUUUCAACUGACUUUUACUUUUGACGACCACCAUGACUGAGAUCACUGCUGAAGGAAAUGUAUCUACAACCACAACUGUGAUAGACAGCAAAAAUGGAUCUGUGCCUAAAUCCCCUGGAAAAGUGCUGAAGAGGACAGUCACAGAAGACAUAGUGACAACAUUCAGCUCCCCUGCAGCCUGGCUUCUGGUCGUUGCCCUGAUAAUCACGUGGUCAGCUGUUGCCGUCGUUAUGUUUGAUUUAGUGGAUUACAAAAACUUUUCAGCAAGCUCUAUUGCCAAGAUUGGCUCAGAUCCUUUAAAACUAGUACGUGAUGCUGUGGAGGAAACCACGGACUGGAUCUAUGGCUUCUUUUCUUUGUUAUCUGACAUCAUCUCAUCUGAAGAUGAAGAAGAUGAUGAUGGUGAUGAAGAUACUGAUAAAGGAGAAAUAGAUGAGCCUCCCUUGAGAAAAAAAGAAAUACACAAAGAUAAGACUGAAAAACAAGAGAAACCUGAAAGGAAAAUACAAACUAAAGUUACACACAAACAAAAAGAAAAAGAAAAAGUAAGAGAAAAAGAAAAACCUGAAAAGAAAGCAACUCACAAGGAAAAAAUUGAGAAAAAAGAAAAACCAGAAACAAAGACAGUGGCAAAAGAACAAAAGAAAGCUAAGACUGCAGAAAAGAGUGAAGAAAAGACUAAAAAGGAAGUGAAAGGUGGAAAACAGGAGAAAGUGAAGCAAACAGCUGUAAAAGUAAAAGAAGUACAGAAAACACCAUCGAAACCCAAGGAAAAGGAGGACAAAGAGAAAACAGCUGUGUCAAAGCAUGAACAGAAAGAUCAGUAUGCAUUCUGUCGAUAUAUGAUUGACAUGUUUGUCCAUGGGGAUUUAAAACCAGGACAAAGCCCAGCCAUUCCACCUCCAUUACCGACAGAACAAGCUUCCAGACCCACUCCGGCAUCACCUACCCUUGAAGAAAAAGAAGGGGAAAAGAAGAAGGCUGAGAAGAAAGUUACUUCUGAAACAAAAAAGAAAGCAGAAAAAGAAGAUGUCAAAAAGAAAAGUGAGAAGGAAACUGCCAUUGAUGUGGAAAAAAAAGAGCCAGGAAAAGCUCCUGAAAUCAAACAAGGGACUGUAAAAAUUGCAGCACAAGCAGCAGCUAAAAAGGAUGAAAAGAAGGAAGAUUCCAAGAAAACAAAAAAACCUGCAGAAGUAGAACAACCCAAGGGAAAAAAACAGGAAAAGAAAGAAAAACAUGUGGAACCAGCAAAGUCACCAAAGAAAGAACACUCAGUUCCAAGUGAAAAACAAGCAAAAGCAAAAACUGAACGAGCCAAAGAGGAGAUUGGUGCUGCUUCAAGUAAAAAAGCUGUACCUGGAAAGAAGGAAGAGAAAACAACCAAGACAGUGGAGCAAGGUAAAAAAAAAUGAAGGAGGUUGACAUUAUCUUCUUUAGAAAGACAACAACAUGCGGAGGAAAGCACUGGAUUCAGACAGGCGGAAGACGAUAACCUUUAAGUCUAUUACUCUUUAUCACUGUCCUUGCAUGCUUUUCUGUGCCAGGGAGAAUGUGAGACAGUAAUCUGGGUUGGUCUUUCUUUUGUGUAACUAAACUUUGAAUAUCAGUUCCAAACAGGAAAACUCCACAAACUGUUUAAUUACAUCAGGGGACAUGCUGAAGAUUGUUGGGAAUAAGACAAUGAUCCAGGGGGACUGGUAGACAUAUUCCUAUUUGAUUUGUGGUUUUAACACCACUUUACUGAUUAUAAUUUGAAAAAUAAAGAUGGUCCAAUCCUAUAUAUGCAAAACUAUUUCUGUUGCUUGAAAAAAUAUAUGUAAAAGUUAAAAUGAAGAAAAUAACAGCAAAAGUAAGUAGAAUAUAUUAUGAUAUAUACUAUAUUAUGACUUUAACUAUUCAUUCUCCCAAGAGGUCUGAAAUUUCAGUGUUAUAAAUCAUAAUGGUAUAAAAUACUUAAUGCAUUUUAUUUGUGUUUAUGUAGCUAUAUCAUACAUAGAUCACUCCAGACUCUGCUUGAGAAAAAUGCUACAGUACACUAAACUUAAAACAUUUAAAGUGAUGUGGCUUCUCUUAGAGCUCAAGUGUGCUAAUAACUUUAAUUGUUGUUCCCUCAUGUCUUUGCUCUUAUAUAAUACUACUAUAUUUAUUGUAAUAAAUUAAAUUAGAACUUGCAAUAAUUUUGUCAAGAACAAAGUCUAAAUGAUUUCUCCUUCAAAUUUGAGAUGCAAUUAAAUGUAUGAAAUCCUAAUAUCAGAAGUUAAGAACUUUUGACAUAAAUAUAUCAAGAAAAUCCUUCAAUCCCUCACAUGUCAAAUAAGUAAACUAAGGUUAAGAAUUCAGUUAAGUAAAAAGAUUGGUUAAGAAUUUAUUUCCUUGAGGUUUUCAAAAUAAAAUCCCAUUAUAAUUGCAUGGAAAAUGUUUUCCAAUUUAUUUUGGCUUCUGGGGACUCUGAAAUUUUACAAUUCAGUAGAUGUUUCUGUUGGUUUCUUUUGGAAGAAGAGUGGAAUUUUAGUUUCUGAAAUAUAAAGUGGGAGCACUGGAUCCUAAUUUCAGUGUGUUCAUUUAUGCAUGUUCCUGAGUCUAAAUUUAUUUUUUUAAAAAUAAAGAUAAUUAACCCUGACUUGCCCAUCUGACAAGAUGUUGUAUAGGGCAAACAUGAAAACAUAUGUGAAAGGAUAUGAAAAUGUAUAAACUUCUAGAUAAGCAUGUAACAUAUACUAAGGCAUUUUUUCUUAUAAAAUCAAUUUCAACACAGAUGACAUAAAUUAUCAAACUACUUUGAUUUCAUUGAGUUUUACAGCCUUCCCCCUCUAGUAUAAAAGUGUUGAUUACUCAUGACAUUCAUAGGUUGUUUUCAUAGCCACAGUAUAUCAAAAGAAGAUUGACUAGAAUAUAAAACACCCACACUAAUAAUAGUACCGAACAGACAAUUGAUUUGAAAACAGAUUGUUUCUUUCUUCUGAUCAUCACAUUGGUGUCAGUUUCGUUAAUUCUAUAAUGUCUCCUCUAGUGGACAAGAGACUGGAAAUGGUUUUUAGAGAUAUGAUCUUACUCCUUCAGAUGAUUUUAUAAUUUUGUUUACUAAAAUCUUCUUUUAUCAAAGCUUAGGCUCUUGGAUUGUGUUAAAAAAAUGAGGUUCUUUCAAUGGCUAUUUUUAUAUUGACUUAGUAAAUCAUUUCAAUUUUAAAUAUUGUAUGACAAUGGCCUCAUAUUUUUCAACCAUAACAAUCAUAGGAAAUAAUAUAUUUGGAUAUUUUGCAUAUUUUUAUGAUAGUGUAUCUAUUACUAAUAACUGAUAUGAAAAAUAUAUAUUUUGUGCUUUUAAUAAAGUAGUAUGAGAAGUAAUAAAUAAUGACAUUCUAUAAAUUUUCUCAUAUUAUUCUAAUAGUUAUGCAUAAUGCUUUAAGACAUAUACUUUGCUUUCUUAUGUAGUUUUUAGCUAUCUUCAGAAGUAUAAAUAAUCUAUUAUUAGUUUAUAAUUCAUUGAAAUAUAGUUAAAUCCUCUUUAAAUAUUUAUUUUUAUUUAUUUGUUUAAACAUGUGGACUUUAUUUAGAAAAAUUACAUGAUUUUUGUAACUCUUAAUAGAGUUUAAGUACACUUUGUGAUCUGACUAUAAUUGUGCAUAUUGAAUCUCUGGACUUAAAUACUUUUGGAUAUUCCAGUAUCUCAAAAUUAAGUUGAAAAUUUUAUUACAGAAUAAUGUAGCGUUCAGUUCUCUUAACAAUUAAAAAUCACUUUGACAGUCAGUUAAGUAGAAACACGACAAAAAUAUUUUUAGGAAAUUAAAUAAAAUUUGUCUACUAACCAUCAAGAAUAAAUUUUAACACAGUAAACAUUUUAUUAAGUAUAAAGUUGGAGCGUGUUGAUCAUAAACAUAUCAGAGUUCACUAUAAUAAAAUAUUCGACUUUGCCUUAAAUUAAGGAAUGUUUCAAAAUUCAUAAAUGGGCUAAUUUGUGUCCACUUGAAGAGUUUCUUCCUUUGCUUUUGAUGCUAUUCUGUAAACAAUGGUUCCCUAUAUAAUUGUAAUAGUGUUUUACAUUGUCACAACACCAGGCAAAACCUAAGUGCUAUUGCAAGCUUUGUAAACCUGUCACUGUCCUCAUCCACCUGAUCAGAUUCUUCUCUUCUUUGUGUAUGCACUGGUCUUUUUGAAAUCUGUGAUGUGUACUGAUUGUAGAUUUAUUCCAUACUUUCAAGCGAAUGUUAAUAAUAUCUAAGAGUAAUGAUUUCCCUGAGAAAACUUUAUCCAUUUGAAUAUAAUGAAUGUUCAUAUUUCUUGGUGUACCAAAGUUAUAAAAAAAGACAGAAACAAUUUUACAUUUAAAAUCAAUGAAGUAAAACAGAAGAUUUAGUUAACACAAUUGUAUUUAAUUAUUUGCUUAAUAUGUAUUUAUAAAAUAACUUAUUUGCAUAUGUUGACUAAGUCAUGCUGUUGACCCUCAAUAAAUGUUAAAUUAUAAUAA